AUGGGCAGCCUGUCGCCACCGAGGCGGUCGGACACAGCCACCUUCGCGCGCCUGGGGCGAGCGGGCCAGUGGGAGGAGGUUUUGCUGCUCCUUGACAGCUUGCCCAGCAAGCAGGCGCCAAAGGUGGUCAUCUACACUGCAGCCAUCAAUGCUUUGUCGAACAGCCAGCAGCGCUUACAAGCGCUCCAGCGCUUCGCGCAGCUGCGCCGGCGCCUGCGCCGCACGCGUUCGUCGCGCGCGCUGGACGAACGCGCCUUUGGGGCAGCUAUGGGCGCGUGCGAGAGCUGGGCACGCGCCCACAGCUACCUGUCCGAGAUGGGCACGAUGGCAGUGGAAGUGACCGCCUUCACGGUCAACGCUGCUUUGAGCCGCUGCCGCGACGAGACCGGCGGCGACGGCUGGCGGCCGGCGCUGCGGUGCUUCCGCUGGGCGCGGGGGCAGGGCGUGCAGUGCACGGAGGUGACCUUCAACAGCUUGGUGUCUUUGAGCCGCUGGCAGCAGGGCGAGCUGCUGCUCGGCAGCGCUCGACACGCCGCGCUUCAGCCAGAGCUUAUCGGAUCCAAUUCAUUGAUCAGCUCCACUGCUUCGGAUGGCCAGUGGGAGCGGAGCUUGGAGCGCUUGGCAUCCCUGCGGCCUCAGAGGUUGCAGCCGAAUCUGGUGACGGUGAACUCUUGCUUGGCCGCAGAUAGCGAGCUAGCAGGCUGGUCCAACGCCAUCCACCGGCUUAGCAAGGCCGCUACGAGUGGCAUUCUCCCAGAUUCUGUGAGCUGUCUCGCUGUCUUGCAGAGCCUCCGCCGGGACGACAGAUGGCGCCAGGCGGUCGGCUUGCUGCACGGAGUCUCCGCAGGCUUGCUGCAACUGAGUCGCCAUGUCUACAAGUGUGCCAGCACGGUUUGCCAGAGUGCAAGUACCUGGCAAGCCUUACUGGGCCUUGAUUUGGUGGCGGGCAGCUGGGACCAGAGCUGUCGCUUGCUGUACCUGGCUGGCCGAGGCCGAGGUCUGGAAGUGGACCAAGCGGCGGCCAACAAAGCUGCCAGCCUUUGCGUCCGAGAGGGGCAAUGGAUGGAGCAGAUGAAUCUUGUAGCAGUGAUGGGGCAUCGAUAUCUGACCCUAGACAUGGUGGGUCGCAGCGUUUCGGUCGCAGCCAGCGCGCUAGCGCAGCAGUGGCGCCGGGCGAGCCUGCUUUGUGGGCAAAGGCCCGACGCCGUGGUCCUGGCCGGCGUCACCGGGGCAUGCGAGAAGGCCACCUUUCUCCCACGGAUGUGCAACUAUGUGGAGAGUCCUGGGAAGGAUCACAGCGGCUGCCAAUUGGUGGCUGCUCCUGCUGGGGUUGGGUGGUGGGUGGGCACGGGGGGCCUGGUGGACAUGGAGGGCCUGGUAGAAACAAGAUCCCCGAAAUCAAAUGCAAUUCCACCUUGA